CCCUUUUCAACUCCAAAAAUGGGCGUAAAGGUAACUAAAAAGCCUACUCCCACAGGUGCAUCUGGCUCUGGUCCACACCUCAAGAAAGUCAAAGGCGAGAAUUUCUACCGGGAUGCCAAAGCCGCCAAGCGUGCCAAAGUCCUCACCGGCGGGAAGGCCGUGCGCGACCGGAAUGGGAAGAUCAUCGAGGCUGCUGCAUACCAGAAGACCGAGGCGGAGACCGAGCCUGGCCGGGUCGCGCCAGACAAGAGGUGGUUCGGGAACACGAGGGUGAUCAGCCAGGAUGCUUUGACACAUUUCCGCAAUGCGUUGAGUGACAAGGCGAGGGAUCCGUUCAGUGUCGUGAUGAGGAGGAACAAGCUGCCUCUGAGCUUGCUCGCUACCGAUGCAAAUCCUGGAACGACUCAGCGACCGAAAAUUGUUGAGGUCGAGCCGUUUGGAGAGACGUUUGGGCCCAAAGCGCAGCGCAAACGCGUUCACGUGGAUGUGGGCUCUUUCGAGGAACUUGCUGCAUCUGCUGCAGGACCAUCUACCCAACCUGCUGAAGGGGACGAAGAAGAGGCUCCCGCGGAGGGCACCGUCCCUGCUCCUGCUGACCCGGAAGAAGUUGCUCCAGAAAACGAGUACAAGGACCUUCCUUCACACCCCCUUUUUGCCAAGGGUACCUCCAGGCGAAUACACGGCGAGUUGCACAAGGUCAUCGAUUCCAGUGAUGUGCUUGUGCAUGUACUCGAUGCAAGAGACCCGAAGGGGACGAUGUGCGAAGCUGUGAUGGAUUUUAUCAAGAAGGAACGGGCGCAUAAACAGGUGGUCUUCAUCAUGAACAAGUGUGAUUUGGUGCCGAGCUGGGUUGUGGCCCGCUGGCUUUCUCACUUGUCGCAGAUCGCCCCCACACUCGCCUUCCAUGCCUCCCUCCACCAUUCCUUCGGGAAAGGCUCUCUCAUCCAGCUACUGCGCCAAUUCCAAAAUCUGCACUCGGACAAGAAGCAGAUCUCUGUAGGCUUCAUCGGUUACCCAAACGUGGGUAAAUCGAGUAUCAUCAACUGCCUCAAGAAAAACAAGGUCUGCACUGUUGCACCCAUCCCAGGGGAGACGAAGGUCUGGCAGUACAUCACCCUCACCAAGAAGAUAUACCUGAUCGACUGCCCGGGCAUCGUUCCCAUAUCCAAGAAUGACUCGGAGACAGAUACGGUCCUCAAGGGGGUUAUCCGUCUAUCGGCGCUGCCCAAUCCAUCCGAAUAUGUCCCCGAGCUAUUGGGUCGCGUCAGGCCUGAGUAUCUCGGCCGCACGUAUGGUGUGAACGCUUCCUGGACAUGGGGGAAGGAGGGUGAGCUGGAAGGCGUGCCCGUGGAUAUCGAAGCGACGGACCUGUGGCUAGAGAAACUGGCUCGGAAGACGGGAAAGCUCCUCAAGGGUGGCGAGCCGGAUAGAGACACGGUCGCACGUAUGGUGCUUGGCGAUUGGCAGCGGGGCAAGCUGCCAUAUUAUACCAAGCCCCCAGUAAACGACAAAGACCGGCAGAAGGACAAGGAACGAGCAGAGGCGAAGGAGAAGGCGAAGGUGGACAAGAAGGAAAAGAAGCUCCUGGGAGUUCAACAGGAUAUUAGGGUGCUGAAGUUCCCUAAUGGGACGAAGUGGCUUGAUGUGGAUGAGAAAGGUGAUGGGGACGACGUCGCGGUGCCUGAAGUUGUGGGUGCUGAGGGGAGUCAGGUGGACGAUGAUGAAGAGGACGAGGACGAGGACGAGGACGAGGACGAGGAUGCAGCAGACGAUGAUGAAGUGGACGAUGAUGAAGAUGAGGGUGAGCACGAAGAUGAAGAUGAAGACGAGAGCGGUGAAAGCGUCGACGAGGAUGCUGAGGUAUCAGAGAUGACCUGGGAGGAAGCCAUGAGUACUCUCGCUGGCCCCACAGACGAGCUGACAAAAACCGCGCUAUCCUCAUCAUCAUCCCCGAGCAAGUCCCGCAAGCGGCCUGUGCAGGAAGAGGAUGACGGUCCCGAGGAGGUCCGACCAAAGAAAGCUCCCCGAAUGACCACAAACAAGAAGAAGGCCACCAAUUUCUUCUCCACCGCAAACGUGAAGAACAAGAAUCGCAGCAAGAGGAUUGCUAAACCUGGUCAGGAGAACGAGCGCGGGAGGAGACGGAAGUGAUUGGUUUGCAAUGGGUGAAUGUUUGUUCUUGUACUAUAUCUAUCAUGCUGCAUUUGUAUACCAAUGCAUGGUAUGCCUCGUGCUGCCAUGAUUUAAAUGACGCUCAGUUGGCCGUGUACAUUCCACUUGUUAACUGGGUACAAAUGACAGCUCAAGACGGAGGAGCACGAGGGGCAGUCUUGAACUCGGUAAUGAUCAGUUUCGCUGGAUCCCACACACCCCCAGUGUAGUAGAUGUCCUGCUCCACAUAGGCCUUGACCUCGGCAAGUGAUUCAGCGCGCAUCACGAUGCUGCUGCCGACCAUCUUUCCCUCGGUGUCCAGCAAGGCACCGCCAAGCAUGAAAAUGCCAGUGUCCAUACGGUCCUGGUUAGCCGCAAGGUGGGACGGGCGAACGUUGGCCCGACGGGGUGCCGCGUCCGGAAGAUCCGGGGCGUAGAUGAGGAAGGUCCUGCUUGGGAGAGCGGCGGAAGACAUCGUUCGACGGAAAGCAAAUGAUGUUGCUGGCUUGACGAGGGAACGAAGGGACAGCAUAUGUAGGCGAGCGUGG